UGGAAUUAUAAUUUACUGAACCAAGGUGGCAACAAUAUGGCUGGCAAAUGUUGUCCAAAAUGCAAAAUUGGCCCUUCAAUACUCAACGCCGAUCUUUCAUGUUUGGCAAAUGAAUGUCAAAAAUUGCUCGAGUGUGGCUCAGACUACUUGCACUUGGAUGUAAUGGACGGGUGAGUACUGUGAUAUAAUAAUUUUGUUCAUUUUUCUCAAGCCGUACGUGUUUGCCAAUAAAAUACUAUAUCAAAGAGUUUGUCAUUCCUCCAGUGAAAGAAUUUAAGUUACUGGGUGCAAGAGUGGUUUUAGUAAUAUAGCUGUUUGUCACUAAAUUUGAAACCCUUUUGCAAAAUGUGUUUUAAUUGUGUUAUAUGCAUCAAGUGAUUCCACAGGAUUGGACGUUGGACCAUUCCAUUUAGGGGACCAUAUUGGGCCAUUCAUUUAAUAUAGGCACCCCCCCCCUAUUAAGGGGUCCCUUCAUAAUCCCCUUAGGAUAUAAAAAAUUUAGAACCCCCUUGGAUGCGAUUUUUGGAAGUUAUGUAUCGAUCAAUUCGAAACUUCACCAUGCCCCCCCCCCCCGGGCAUACCACGGGAAUUUGACUUCAAGUCUUCUCCAGGGAGUAGGGAAUUUGACGUUCUAGGUUUUCCAUGUGGUGGGGCAUUUGAUAACGUGGUGGGGCAUUUGAUAACGGGGUGGGGAAUUUGAACCGGAAGUCUUAAAAUUUUGCCCAUUUUCGCGUGCUUCCUGCAUGCACACUGAAAUACUUCGCAUUGGCGGCAAAUACAGAUUUCGAGGGAAACGGCCUCAAUUUUGUGAAAAACUGGCUCAAAGAAACGGGCAUGGAAAAUCUAUGUGCUUCAUUUGAAGGUAUGUACUACAUAAUUGUGUAAAACUGUUAAAUUUCCACAAGGUAUCCAAACUUUUUACAUGAAUUUCGCUAUCUUGUCGAAAAACAUUUCCGUAUAUUUUGUACUUUUUGUAUUUACUGUUUCAUAAUUUUCAUAUGAAGGUGGGGCAUUUCAACGCUUAAUUUCUUGUUGCAGUGGGGCAUUUGAAGACAUUUUUUGCACAGGGGUGGAGAAUUUGAUCGGUCAAAUUUCAAAAAGUUCAAAUUCCCGGGGUCGGCCCGGGGGGGGGAUGGUGAAGUUUUGAAUUGAUCGAUACAUUACCCCAUGGAUAUCAUUUUUUACCCCCUUGGAUAUCACUAAAACACCUAAUUUAAUUAUUGCUAUUUUUUUGAAAAUUUCUUAAGCUACCCUGUAGGAAAAUUUAAGGUAACCCCCCCCCCCAUAGGAUAUCCAGACCCCUCAAUAGGGGGGGGGUGCCUAUAUUAGAUGGAAUGGCCCAUUCAUGUUGCCACACAUAACGUCAAAUCGACGUUAUCACCAGUACCCGCCCACCCACCUCAGAUAACAUCGAUCGUUACCCUGUUGUAUUUUGACCGCUUAUUCUUAUAAAAUAUGGUAUAUAAUCAAUCAAUUUAUCUCAGAAAUGCAUUAAAAUGCUGAGGCUUCAAUUCAAAGUUAUUGACUAUUGUACUUGCCUUUAUAAAAUAUGUGAAGUUUUAUUGCAGAAAAAUGUCGCGAUUCACGAACACAAAUUGAUGGGUACUUGAAACACGAAAAAAAGGCUCUUCAGUACUUUGACCUUUGUUUUGAACUCUAUUAGUUCAAAAUAAUAUAAUACUGGCAAAAGUUGCACGGCAAACUUAAACUUCGGUCUGUUCGGAUGUAAAUAGUCAAAUUGCCACAAGAUAAGUGAGAUCAUAACGUUGAGGAGUUGACGUAAAAACCCACCCACCCAUACCACUAUAUCAUCAUUUGAAAUUAUUUGAUUUUUGUCGAAACAAUUUUGGUCAAAUUGCCCACAGGGCAGGUAAAAAACUGUUGUCAAUAGCCUUGUCUAGAUGAAGUUUCUUAAAUUUAAACAUAAAUUAUAAAGUCGAUCACCAAUUACUAAAUACCUUUUGAUCCAAAAAACCCAACUAAACAAGAGAAGCAAUAACAGCUUUUCAAACCUCCAUGCCUCGGUAUCCUGUUCCAAACUUGUCACAAAGGCAUUCUAUUAACACACUGAGCGCCAUGCAGCGCACUCCCUUUGACAAGUAAAAUUCUCUGGCAUUAGACAAAGUAAAAUAUAAUAAAGCAGGGUGCAUAAUUAGAGAGCAAUAUAUUAUGCAUCUUAAUGGCUUCUAUUUUAAUUUAUAUACUCUACAUGCAAUAAAUUUACAUAUUACAUACCAAGAUUGGAUGCUUACACUCGCCCCAAAAAGAUGCAUGCUUCAAGUAUUUGUGUGAAAUAAAUUUGGGAAAUCAAUGAAAAAUCUACAUUCUCAGCCUCAUCUGAUUUUGUGAAUCACUCAGACAUUGUUGUCAGCAAGAUGUCCAUUUCCCAACGUUAGGAAUGUAUGUAGUCGCAUUUUUCAAUGUUUUGGAAAAUAAAACGUGGCUUAAUUGCUGGCAAGAGGAAGCAUUGGGUUUUGAUCGAUAAUAAUAUUUUCACAUGGAGAUGUCAUUUAUAACAUAAGUCUAUAUUACAAUAUUCUUACUGCAACCACUGACUAACUUUGUGCAUGCAACCAUGGAGUUAAAGAUGUGGUACAGUCCGAUCUGCGCAUGUGCACAAAGGAGCCCUCUUUUUAUUACAAACAGUUUAUUUAGGUUUUUAUUUCAUUUUAUGUUCUUGCAAAGCUUGAUUGUUGUCUCUUGAUAAUUUAUUAAACUCUAGAGUCAUGAAAAUAUAAAUAGUUGUCGAAUAAAAUUCAAUACUUUGGAUACCGAAAUGUAAACAAAGCCUUUGCUUACAUACAGACUGUACCGCAUCUUUAAGUGUAUGCAACCUAGAUGUGGAAUUACAUGUAAUCCAGACUCUAGCUAGUACAUAAAAUCUUGGGGAUUCCCCUGGGAAGGUUGGAUUUGGAAUUGACUCGUAUAUUAAUCCAAGAAGAUUUUAUGCCAUUUUUAGUCAUUUUGUCCCAAACUUGACUUUUGGUGCACCGUUGGUUAAAUGCCUGAGAAAGAAAAUUCCAAAUGCAUUCUUUGGUAGGUAAAGUUCUACAUUAUAUUUGAUUAAUCAUACUGCAUGUAGAAUACCUUGUGUACCAGGCCUUGAAAUAAUUAGUGACGAUCACCGGUCAUUGUCCGGUAAUAUUUUUCAUUUUGACACGUCUUUUACCGGACACACAUGACCGGCGAGUUUUUCUAAUGUAAAAAUGCAUUCCUGAGAAAAUUUUUGUUUCCCACAAGUUUGUGUAUACUUUGGAGAAAAGCAGAAGUCUCGCCUGUCAAUGGACCAUUUGCAUUAUAGACUAAAUUUUGAUCUAGACAAAAAUUUCAUCACAGCUUGAAAGAGCAUCACAAAAUUAGUAAUAUUCCAAAGUUUCGUUGCAAAAUGUUGUAAAAUGCGGAUAAUAUAGCCUUGCGAAGUUUGCCGUUUUUCAGUCAUUUUAGAUUACAAACGGGAAAUUGACAGCCCAAUCGGGUGUUGGGGCAUCAAUUUCCCGUUUGUAAUACAAAAUGAAUGAAAAAACGGCAAACUUCGCAAGGCUAUAUUCAGUGUCGCCCAGAGGGGGGGGGGGGGGGGGGGGGGGGGGGGGCAAAGGGGGCAAAUUGCCCCGGGCCCCGAGUUGCUGGGGGCCUCUGAAAAUUUUUUGUAGGGCCCCAGCCUUUUUUGUGUGUUAAAUAUUUCCGCGCAAAGGACAAGACAUCUGUUUUCUUGGGCUAAGUACCGAAUUUUGUUAUCCGGAAAAAUUUUUUUUAGAUAGGGGCCCCUAAAAAAAAAUUUGCCCCGGGCCCCCGCCAACCUCUGGGCGGCCUUGGCUAUAUUAUCCGCAUUUUACAACAUUUCGCAACGAAACUUUGGAAUAUUACUAAUUAAUUUUGUGAUGCUCUUUCAAGCUGUGAUGAAAUUUUUGUCUACAUCAAAAUUUAGUCUAUAAUGCAAAUUGGCCAUUCACCGCAGGCAUUGCACCUAUAAAAGCCUACGCUCGCAACUCAAACUAUACAUUUGUCAUCAAAUGAUUCUAAAUCUGAGAGUUUUUAUCUGCAUUGUUUGCAUGUUGACAUUGUUAUAUAUAGAUCUUUUUGUUUUGUCUGUUUGUAAAUCUUUUCUCGAUCUAGCCUGCGAACAGGCUCUCAAGCUGAAUUGAGAGCCUGCAUCGAUGACUAAUGAAUUUGAAUAUCUGCCCCGUAACGUUCGUUUUUCCAAAUAUGGAAUGUCUAUCCUUAUAUGGUGUUGUUUACAACUUUCGUGCAAACUAAAUUUAGACCGUGCAAACUAAAUUUAGACCGUACAGUUUAUACUGUUUUUCGAAAUAUAAGAUAUUCAAGCAAAAGUUCAAAUGUUUUAAAUACUGUUUUCUCAAAACAGAACAUUUCGUGCUUUGAGAUAAGACGGCCAAGACCAAUUUGAUCAGUUAAUGUGUUUUUUAUGCAUAGUGCUUCAGCAGUUGACAUAUAUAGAGCUCAGCGGAAAUAGCAUCUGACCAAUGAGAAUUUCGCGUCACGAUUUGAGACGCAGAUAUUCAAAUUCAUUAGUCAUCGAUGCAGGCUCUCAAUUCAGCUUGAGAGCCUGUUCGCAGGCUAUUCUCGAUCAUAAUUCUCGCCAAUAAAAUGGGCAUUUUAUUCAGAAUUCAAGAUAUUCAGAUUAUCUGUAAUCAUACCUGCACAAGUUCACUUAAAGUCAAAAGAUGACCGGCAAAAUUAAAAAUCAUGGUCAUGAAGACCGGUAUACCUUCCAGAUUUAUUUUGAGGCCUGUUGUGUACGUACUAUUCUAUUAAUUAGUGACCUAAGAAAAUGAGUACAUCAUUAGAAUGGCAACCAAAGUACAGGACUGGUGCUGUGUGCAUUACCGGUACCUAGCUUGCUUAUGAUUAAGAUACAAUACAGACAGCUUUUAUUAGAUAUAUUCUUCGAACUUUACCUAGCAGCAUUGCAUGAGUACAGUAACAGUUGCCAUUGAGUGGCAGCACUCUCCCCUUGACGAAUAGGAUAAUUGUAUGGUGUUAGACAGCUGGGGCCAGUUGUUCAAAGGUGGGUUAAUGCUAACCCUGGGUUAAAUUUAACCCGCUGUUUUAGUUUGUGUACUUCUACACAUCAGUGUAUUUCAAAACUUCAGAGAAGUAAACUCCUAUUGAUCCAGGACAAGAUCUCUGAAGAAAUAUUUCCAAAUUUAUAGAAAAGCUGUCAGGAUGUUUGCUUUGAAUUUUAGGUUAACCUAGGGUUAAACUAACCCAGCUUUGAACAACCGGCCCUAGAGUAUAAAAUGACUAUAAAUAGUUAGCAUAGGUGCAUUGCCUCUUAAAGGGGUUAUAUACUUAUAUUACUUUAUUAAUUGGAAAGUUUAUGCAUCUCGAUCAGGUGCAGUCAGCAGAAAAGUUAAAAAUCUAAUUGUGGGUGCACAAAACAGUCACCUUCUAACUAUGCAUCAACAGGCAGUUAAGGGUACAAAAGUACUAUAGUUAGUAUUAUGAAAUAUAUUAGAUGAACUGAAAAAUCCUAAAAAAAACCUGGAAAACAAAUUAGUAUGCAGUGUAGCUCUCAGCAUGCAUUACCCGAAAUGCAGUGUAGCUCUCAGCUUGCAAAUAAGGAUGAUUAGCACACCCUCACUUCAUCAUAAUUUGUGACACCCCUCGAUCAUAUAUAAUUAUAUAUGUCACUGAAAAAGUGCAAGUACAUUUAUAGAUCCAUGCAGCCUUGUCUCAAGUGCUGUUUAUACUAGUUUAGGAUUCCAAAGGAAUCUGGCAUAAUCGGUGAGACAUGGGGACAUACUGUACAUGUAAGACCAGGGCAGGGUAGAACAGUAUGGCAAUGUGUCAUGUGAUAAAACUUGCAUGAAUUGAUAUACAUACAGUUUGUGCUCAUGCACACCUUAAUUGGCUGUAACAGAAAUGAUUAAGCGCUUGAAAGAAUUUCUUGAAUGGUUCAACAAGGGGAUCGAAUUAACGUGUCAAAAACUCCACAGCUCUGACGAACAUGAACAUCAGAACAAAGGAUGUAAAGCUUGAAAAUAAAAGAGAAAAGUAGCCACCAACGAAUAACCAAACGAAGGGAUGCCUGAUUCAAAGCUUCAUAAAUACACAUGCAUGCAUGAGUUGUUAAAAGGUUUGAAUCCAGGUUCAUUCAUUUUGUUUGUUUUAUUUGUUCUUCUGGAUUAUUACAAAAUUAAAUAACUGACGAUAAUUAUUAUUUACUAAAUAAUCAAUUUAAGCAAAUUAGCUAUAAAUUGCGGUUAAUGGAGUAAUAUGUUCUAGUAGACUCUAUCUGCCCGAGGGUGUUUUCAGUAUAUGCCAACACAUCUGCGUCACAAAAAUUAAUCCGUACAAGAUCCAAGUACCUUGGUCGAACAAAGGAACCGUUUUCUAGUCCUGUUAAUAUCACAAAAUAUCAGAUAAAAAUCGAACUUAUAGGCUACUAAGCAUGUGCACAACUGAUGCAAACUUGGGAUUAACCAAGCAGAAAUUAUACGUGCAUAUAUAUACAUACAAUGCCCCCCUUUUUGCGCAAGGACUUUUGAUCGCAGUUCGACGUGCACUGUUCAUUCGCAAGACUUUAACCAGUGCGUUAACAUCUCUGGCAAAAUUUGUGGCUAUCAAAACCUUGCAUGGCAAAGAAGUGAAAAUUUAAAAAACCCACCCACCUCCCAAUAAUCAUGCACCAAUCUGCGUCGAUCUCUACAAUAUGGCGUGUUGUAAGGACUGUUAAUUAGUAAAAUGGACAUUCCUGUAUAUAGCUAGGCAUGUUACUCAUAGAUUUGUAACCCACUUGUGUGAAGUAAUGCAAUAAAUAAUUAAUUACUGGUAGAAAAUAUAUGCCCAAAAUAUAUGCCACAAAAAUGUGUUUCAAGUUUAAUAUUGUUGUCUUGCUUAGUUGCCAGUUGUUCGAUUUUAACUAUCUGUCUCUUUCCAACAUAUGCAACUUCAUUAAUAAUUUAAUAGCUGACGCAAGAUAAACAUCAACGGAUAAAAUGAACAAACGUUCAAGUCUUUGAAAAUGGUUUUACACAAAAACGUUAGACAAAACUUAUUUAAUUUUGUAAUAAUCUAGAAGAACAAAUAAAACAAACAAAUGGACCAUUUGCAUUAUAGACUAAAUUUUGAUCUAGACAAAAAAUUCAUCACAGCUUGAAAGAGCAUCAUAAAAUUAGUAAUAUUCCAAAGUUUCGUUGCGAAAUGUUGUAAAAUGCGGAUAAUAUAGCCUUGCGAAAUUUGCAAUUUUCAGUCAUUUUGUAUUACGCACGGGAAAUUGACAGCCCAAUCGGGUGUUGGAAUAUUGCUAAUUUUGUGAUGCUCUUUCAAGCUGUGAUGAAAUUUUUGUCUAGAUCAAAAUUUAGUCUAUAAUGCAAAUGGUCCAUUGCAUGCAUGAUGUUUUCCACAAAACAAAUUUAUUAUGAACAUCUGCGAUAAACAUGUAAUACUGCAACUACUGUGAGACAUUAAUUUUCUAAACUUCUUGUAGAUAUGCAUAUGAUGGUGGCAAAACCAGAACAGGUACAAAAAAAUGUUCAUUGAUAUAUAUGUGCUCAAAAUAAUAAUACAUUAUAAAAUUUACCAAAUUGAUCUUCGUUGUUUGUUUGUAAUUCUAAUUUCAUUCAACAUAUGAUUGAGAAUGAUGGAGUCUUUAUUUAAAGUGCAUAUACGACGUGAAAUUUCUUAUUUUCUUAAAUGAAAGAACUCUUUAAGUUGUAGUGUAAUUUAUUUUUCAGUUUCUUGUUUUUAUGGUUUGUUCCCGAGAUAUUUCAUUUUGUUUGAUAUGUAAAUGAUGUGAAUAUGUCCGCUAAUUUAUGACGUCACGUUGGUUGCAAGCUCAACUUACACUGAUUUUAAAUGUAUUAACUCUAAAAACGGUUGAUAUCAGUUCACGUUUUUCUCCAGUCAUCACAUUUACCAGUGAAGUUUGAAAUUAUCAUCUUGGAUAAUAGCAGUGAUAUUCAAGCAUUUUGAAGAGCUUGCAACCAACAUGACGUCAUAAAUUAGCGGACAUAUUCACACUCAUUUACAUAUCAAACAAAUUGAAAUAUCUCGGGAACAAACCAUAAAAACAAGAACCUGAAAAAUAAGUUACACUACAACUUAAAGAGUUCUUUCAUUUAAGAAAAUAAGAAAUUUCAUGUCAUAUGCACUUUAAGGAGGGCAGCACAUAGUAGCACAGGUGUCAAAUGUUGGAAUCUGCGGUAACCCUGCACGGUUACCUGCAUGCAGAUGACUUGAGCUAACUGUAUACCUGGGUCAGAAGAUCCUGGGCACACUAGCAUAUUAGAAAUUUCCCAGUACCUUUUGCAAAUGUUUAUACACUUGCAAGAACGUCGUUAAUAGUUGCAUGUCCUUUUUUUACGAAAAAAUUAAGAUCUGAGUUACGUUUUCCCUAUAAUCAAACUGAUAAACCUUCUGAGAUGUAUAAAUUUCUCAAAAAAAUUUCCUCCGAUCUCCAUCCUAUAGUUCAUUAACUGCAAAUUAGUUUCGGCCACCUGUAAAAAAGUAAAUGUACUUUUUACUAAAAACUAACAAACCUGUGGCCCUCAAUUUACAAUAUACAAAUAGGGAUACAGUUAAAUACUUGCAGUAAAACAUAAUAUGUGAUGAUUUAUGGGGUCGCCGUAAUUGGGGGAAACCUGUGGCGAACUCCCUGGCGCUAUAUUAGCCGUAUCUCAUUAAAUCAUAAUCCCUUUCUUCUUCGCUGGGUUAUAAUGGUCACGUUGUAUUAUAGCAGCUGAUACUGUAUAUAAUUUCCCUUACAAUGUGUGUUUUUUCUUUAGUGGGUAAAAGACAUGGCGGACGCUGGAGCUGAUCAGUACACAUUUCAUUUGGAAGCUACAGGUAAUUAAAAAAACUUAAUUGUAAUAGGCUGAAAGUGUAAGAUCUAUAUGUUUGUUUGAUUAUUUGCAUGCAGAAGAGAAGGAAAUACUGUACUUGUCCUAUAUAUUUUAUUUACUUUUGAUGGAUUUUGAAUGAAGGUCAUGGUUUUGAAAGACAUGUUUUCUAGUGAUUGACCAAUAAUUGAUAUCGGCAUCGGGCCGAUUUUUGCCUUAUCGGCAGACAAUCGGAAUCGGUAGAAUUAUGUAUAUUUUCGAUAGUCUAAAACCGAUUGUUUAAAAAAUACGCACUUUAAAAAUUAUAUGCAUUGCACGCGUUGAUAUGUUAAAUUAAUGCGUGAAGUGUGCCAUUUAUUAACGGUUUUAACGAUCUUUGGUUGCAGUAACAUGUUACGUUGGGAAUUAUCGUUAAAAAUCGACAUGAAUGACGUCACAUUUACUCAGUCGACUGAUAUUAUGACGUCAUUAUAAAAUCAGUAUCGGGUAGAUUGUGACAUGAAUAAUCGGUAAUCGGUCAAUCACUAAUGUUUUCGUCUGAUUUACUCUUUCAAAUCACUCUGCGAUAUGUGAAAGUUACAAAAUUGUGAAAACGUGUCAUUGGUAUACAUAAUGAUUUUUAAAACGUCUUACAAAAUACAAAUAAUGUUGGCGAUUUACUGUAUAUUGAUUUUGUUGUAGUCACAGCCUCUGUUCACUGCAGAGUUUGUUUGAAAGAGUAAAUCAAGUAAAAACAUGUUUUUCAAAACCACAAACGUAUCAAACUCUAGCAGUCUAGGCAAAAUUUAGCUGCUAAACCUACAGCUCGUAAACUUUAAAACACGUUUGUCAAUAAAUUGUAGAUAAACCUUUGGAAUUAAUUCAAAUGAUUAAGGAUGCAGGAAUGAAGGU